UGAACUACGUACCCGGUCAUCUCUCCUCAUCAUCUAUGGAGUACUAGGGCCAAAAGAUUUCCAAGCAGAAAGGUCCCCAAAUGGAGACUCUCCCUCCUGGCUUUAGAUUUCAUCCGACAGAUGAGGAACUACUUACCUAUUAUCUCACUCAUAAGGUGGCGGACGCUGCUUUUGUUGCUAAAGCAAUCAGCGUUGUUGAUCUCAACAAGUGCGAGCCCUGGGACCUUCCUGGAAAGGCUAGCAUGGGCGAGAGAGACUGGUAUUUCUUUAGCCCAAGGGACAGAAAGUACCCAACUGGUUUGAGGACAAACAGGGCGACAGAAGCUGGAUACUGGAAGACAACUGGAAAGGAUAAAGAAAUUUCAUCAUCAGGAGUUCACGUGGGUUCGAAGAAAACACUGGUCUUCUACAAAGGGAGAGCUCCAAAAGGAGAAAAAACCAACUGGGUCAUGCACGAAUACCGACUCGCCUCAAAAUUUCCUCCUAAACUCCCAAAGCAAGAGUGGGUGGUAUGCAGGGUGUUUCAAAAGCGCCAUGCUGGAAAAAGGCCGGCCCCCCUGCCGCAUUUACAGCACUCACCAUCCAACGCGACGAAUUUCACAGUGGACCUGGGGAAGCUGGAAUUUCCCGAAAAUGAUUAUUGUGGAGAAUCUAAUUCAGAAUUGUCAGAGAUAUCCAGGAAAAUUGGAAAUUCAACGGCAUCCAGUUUCGACCACAAUGUUCAUGAAAACAUCAUUAACAUGACUGCCACCACCGCUGACAUUGCUUGUGAUAACCGCGUAAAUGCGGAUCCGAGCUUCCUUUUUGCAAGGGCUCAGAAUCCUCUUUCUCCAUUGAUUGGCAAUGGUUUCUUUACCCUAAAUGUUCCUUCGUCGUCGAGUUCAAACAUGCUGAGGGCAAUGCAGAUGAAUAUGAUCAACAACGUUCACCAGCAAACAGGUGCACCAAAUGCGCACUUGAGUGCAUUCAUCACGCCUGAUUCCAGUAUUGGGCUGCAAGCUCCUAUUAAUUUUGAAUCCUUCUGGCAGAGUCAUUGAAGUUCCACUGCUAACUAACAAUGGGGUAAGAAGACUAAUUAUAGACGCCGUGAACUUGUUUGCUUACGGUACAUCGAAGAUUGUACUGCGGCAGAAUAAAUGUUGGAAAUGAUGAUCUUUUUCCUCGUGAUAUGAAUAUCAAAGAAACAGAUGCUAGU